AUGGAGGGACCAGACACAUUCGUACAGCUGCCGCUGAACAUUGACCCCAACACCAAGGCCAUCUCGUCAAACUCAUCAUCCGGCGCACUCGAAGCUGAAUUGGCCGCCCUCAAUUCUCUCCACCGUUCGUUCAUCGUCGACCUAGAAGGACCCCUGGGCAUCCCGCCACCACCAGUUCCCGUCAACCCAAAGAGGUCUGCACAAAUCACAAAGCUCAAGGAGACCGGCAACGCAUCAUUUGGCAAGAAAGCUUUCGCCGACGCUGUUCGCAUGUACGGACUUGCCAUUGACAUGGCUACAAAGCGACCUGUCUGGGAACCCGCUGGUCUCGUGCGCGAGGAACUGAGUCAACUGUAUAACAACCGUGCUCAAGCAUACAUGGCCCAGCAAAUGUGGCCCGAUGCUGCCCUCGACGCCUUUUGCAGCACCGAACUCAAGAAGGUCGCCAACAUCAAGGGAUGGUACAGACGUACCGUUGCGCUCAAGGAACAGGGACGACUGGAUGAGGCUCUAGAUGUCGUCAAAGAGGCUGUGGACUUUGAAUCUGCUGGACCAGAUAAAGAAGGAGUGGAAACGCUCGUCAAGCUCAUGAAGGAGAUUGAGGAUGCUGCAGAGAAGAAGGCACUUGCUUGA